AUGGCUGCACCAUGGAUGGAACAUCUGGUGAAGUGGUUGAGUGACUACAUAUUCCGGAUAGUGCCACUUCUCAGCCUAUUCAUGUAUCUUAUCCUCGCCGUCUUCUCCGACAGUCGGCGGCGUGAAAACAAAGGUUGGAAGAGAGCUUGGAAGAGACUGUUGGUAUGGUUGGCGUACCAGCUGACCGACUGGGGCCCGGCAUAUGUCAUCAGCAACCUGUACCUCGAAACGAAGCCGCAUGAAAAGAUGAGCAUUGCCUUCUGGGUGCCGUUCCUCCUGCUGCACCACGCUCGCCCGGACAACAUCAGCGCCUACGCCAUGGAGGACAGUAAGCUCUGGCUGCGCCUGUGUCUGUUAGCCCUCCUUAAGUCUGCGGGAUCCUUCAUUAUUGUGUACAGGUUUAUACUUGAUGAACAUACCGCCGGGCGAUUAUUGUGCUGGGCAUCCGGCAUCAUGUUAGCCCUCGGCAUUUUGAAGUAUAUGGAGAGUAUACUAGCGCUAUGGCGAAGCGACAUGGGGCACAUCCGGCACAUCGGGUUAUCCGACAAGCAAAAGCUCAACCUCGAUGAUUAUAGAGAUCAAGAGAAGCCGUCAGAACUGGAAGAUGAGAAAGCCCUGCUGGUUGCUCACGACCUGUUCGAGAUCUGCAAGGGAGCCUUCUGUGAUUAUGCAGUAAACAUGGAUCGUGUUGUCGUCAUGGACAUGUUCGCUGAAGAUAGAUGGGGGAGUAUGUGCAAGGUGGUGGAGAUGGAACUCUCCCUUAUGUAUGACAUCCUCUACACCAAGGCAUCCGUAGUCCACACCUGGCAUGGCUAUGUCAUCCGUGUGGCCUCACCGCCCCUCACCGCGGCUGCGCUGCUGCUGUUUAUUCUCCAGUGCAAAAAUGGCAUGAAGCCAUUAGAUGAAAUUGUGAGUUACAUAUUGCUGUGUACGACCUUCCUCCUCGACUUGAGAUGGAUGUUGAGAGCACUAGCAUCAGCAUGGGCACAUUCAUACUUGAAAUGUAUGCCACCCAAUUGGUUGAAGCAUGAAUUUUUGUGCCAGGAGAGAUGGGCGAAGCUCCGUGGGUUGUCACUGCGUCUUUCCCGGCUCUCCUUGUGGUUGUGGACAUGUGCAUGUCCCAAGGAGCCCAGAAGCUACAGAAGGCGGGCUGGCAGCUUCGGGCAGUGUAACUUGUUGAAGCAGUGCACUGCUGGAAACAGGCACAACCUACACAGCAUACCUAGACUGGUGAUUGAAUGGGAAGGCCACUCAAGUUGGAGGGACUUUGAAUGGGAAGACCAUUCCAGGGGCCUUGAGAUUCCAGAGUAUGUCAAGGAGGUGGUGUUCACUAACAUAUGGGAAAAUUUAUUCCGUGAUCCAGUGGAGCAGCUCAGGCAGGACCGUAUGGGUAUUAGUGCUACUGCUACGCCAACAAAUCCACCCCCUGAUGAAGGUAGAGCUGCGCCAUCAAAUCCAUCCUACCCCACUCAAGUUAAGCAACCAGCUCCGGUCCGUUUCCCAGUGAUACCUAGGCCACAAAAUCCACCCCCUCGUGUGGCCCCUGUGGGUAGAGCUGUGCCAUCAAAUCCAUGCCCAGCCCCUGAGACAUUUACGCCACCACGUCAGCUCCGUCUCCUUCUGAGACUUGUUCCACCAAAUUCACCCACUGAAGAGCAAGCUACAGAGCACUCGACUGAUCACUGGAGGUAUAAUCAAGCCCCGUCUGAAUCCUAUGAGCAAGUUAAUGUUAAUCUAUGGAGGGCCAAUUCUGAAGGGGCCCCGCCCCAAACCAACGAGAAAGCUGCUGACAUCAUCAACCAGACGACUCCGUUAGAUGCAAAUAUGGAGUUCCGACCUGAGCUUCAAGAAGCUAUCCUCGUCUGGCACAUCGCCACGGACGUCUUCCUCUUGUGCAGCCCCACCCCCACAGAACAGGCCAAAGAUAAAGAGGCGAUCAAGCAGAUAUCAGAUUACAUGAUGUUCCUCGUCGCCAAACGCCCUGAAAUGCUACCAGGACUUACGCUUCGGAGCCUGCACGAGAGAACACGCCAUGCUCUGGAGUUGAUAUGCAAGAAGGCCAAACACACUAGUACUAAUGGUGGAACAAACGACAAGGCGGUUGCCAGAUGGAUGCUGGAUAACCCAAAUUCUGCUGUCUGGGAAGAAACUCAAGACCAAGGCGAGGAUAAUUCUAAGGUCCCAGGUACGAUGAGUAUGACUACUGUCUUGGAAGGAACUCAACUUGCCCGGAUGCUGCUACGCCUGCCGCCCGAGGAGGAAAAAUGCAAAUUUACCAAAGGAGUCGUUGCGGUUCAAAAACUUGCAUACUGGAUUCCACGUUUGGCCAAGGAACUUCCUGGGGGCACACAAGGCAUGUUGGAGUUCAUCCUGGAUGCCUGGGUGCGUCUGCUCAUGUUUGCGUCCAUUCGGUGCAGCAGGGAUUCUCAUGCCAAGCGGCUCAGCGGUGGCGGUGAGCUCACGACCCUCGUGUGGAUCAUCACAGAACACACAAACAACAGCGUAGUCAAAAAUCAUCUCAAGUCUGCUCCGCUGCCAACUGCCAUGUUUCUUCCUCCGCAAUAA